UUUGGCUGGGAACACUUCGUAUCGGCGUUGCAGUCGCUGCUCCGUCGCUGGAGUCCGACGCACCUCGAACACGCCUUUCAGCUCGUCGCGAGUCUCGCCGGCGUAGACCCGACGCCGGUCUGCUCCCGGCUCGCCGCGCCCUUUCUCGGCGAGCUCGUACGCGCUAGCUACGACGUCUUGCACCCGCAGCUCGUACUGCGCCUGCGCACGCCCAUCACGGCGUACGCGGAGGCGACGUCGCUUCUGACGCGGAGCCUCCUACUGGAGCAGUACGUUGACGUCACGAGGUUCGAGGUCGUGGCAGGGACAUGGCUCUACGACCGACUACCGACGGCUCUGCUGCUUGAGAUCGCUGCAUUUGGCGCGACCGACGUGUGCAAAAUUGCGACUCUGGUGGCACGGCACCCGGCGUCGUUUCCGCCGAUCGCCGUCGUGACGCCGGCCGUGUGGGCCGCGCGCAAGGUCAACGUCAACCUCAACGUCAACCUCAAUCUCGGGUCGCUCGUGCCCGAUGUAGCACGCAUUGGACCCCCCGCAGCGUUCGACAACGCCGCAUGGGGCAGCGUUCUGCUUGUGGACGUCAUGACGGCUACGCUUUUGGCAGCGAAAUGCGACGCGAUCGGAUGGAGCCCGGCCUUUCUCGAGGCGUGCUACGUCCACGCCGGCCUUGCGCUGCUUCCCGCCCUUGUCGCUGUGAUAUCGAUGCAUCCAUCACUGGGCGCAACGACCAAGGUUGUUGCGAUCUUCCAGCGCGCGCCCGAGGUCCUUCGCCGCACGACGCCGCCCGACACCAUCGGCCAUCUCGCUCGGUUCUACGCGCAGCAUGGGCGACCGAAUGUCACGCCACAGCGUCCACCCUCGAUUAGCGACGUCCAGCUGCAUCUGCUGCUGACGGUCCUCGAAGGAAUGGCGUCAACCGGUCAGAUCGACGCGCUGGUGACUAGUGUCCUGCAUGAGCUCGACGGGAUGUCGUGGGCGCUUCACGCGUACCGCGCUGUGAUUUACCGCCUCUUGGUAUCGUUUCCGCAUCUUCUGACACCGCAUGCCCGGCUUCGGCUUGUCGACGCGUGCUUGCAAAGCCACGAGGCUGCGCUCCAAGUACCGAGACGGGGGCUGGCCAUGGACGACCUCUACGUGGCGUGCGACUGCGUAGCGUGUACAAGGCUGCACCGUGAGCUCCUGGCGUCCGACAUGCGCUGCCUGCUCAGCAUGUCGGGACCUGUCCCGCGCUGCCUCCGCCAGCUCGUCCAUGACCACAACGACCGUCUGCUUCUCGAGCACGAGUGUGCGACCAGCUAUCGCGUCCGCAAGACGCUGCUGAGCGUUGUGCGAACGGCCAAUGGACCUGACGGCGACCUGCGCCGAGUGACCGCGCUCCAAGAACUGAAGACCACGACGCUGCAACCACCGGCAAAGCGACGCUGGCUCUGGUUCUUCUAG